CAUAACCACUUAAACCCGUGAAAGUCGCGCCCGCUGCGCACACGCAGACACGAUGAUCCGUUUAACGGUGGUUAUCCUAGCGCUGGUGGCGGCGGCCGCAGCCCUGCCCGCCGAGCUGCCCGAUCCCGGGGAAUUAGUGUUUGUCCUGAACGAAGACGACUGGGAGGACUACCUGGACGCUUGGCUCGCAAACGAGUACCUAAAGUCGGGGGCCAACAUUACCAGCCACAACGGAGCUCGCAAUGGGUGUACGUUCAGAGUGAACGGAGACCUCGGGCAGCCUCAGCCGGUGUACUUGCGCGGAGGGAACUAUUUGUCCGCCGACGGCAACUCCGGCCAGAUCCGGCUGAGCUCCGGCGAGCAGGUCACCAUCGCCUGCACCGGCUCCGGCCGCACCAUCCAGCACCCCAACAUCGCGACCUCGGGGCUCCAAACAGCUACUGCUACAUGCGCCAGUGACGACCUGGUGAGCGGCAGCGGCUGGCUGAGUGGAAACAGCGCGUUCGGCGGCUUCACCUGCAGCGCCCACUCCUACCACGACACCCUCGGCACCAACAGCAGAUGCUACAAUGAUAACAUACUUAUCCAGUGAGCAUUC